GUUCGUAACACUCAUUCUAAACAUACUAGUGUGUGAUGCUUUUCAUAGCGCGCGAUUAUUCCGUCUUUGUGUAUCCCCUGCGGUUUGCGUUUGGCCGGUGAUGCAACAGGGUGUCCCACGCGGUGCCACCUGCUGCGCACCUCCGCCCGCCCGCGGGCGAGCGCGCGCGCGCUCCCGCGCUCUCCUGGCUCCCGAGCUCGUCCCCGCGAGGAGGGGCGGUUCCUUUCCUCCUCGACCUUCCCCCCUCCUUCCACACCCUCUCAAACUUCUCACCCCGUGAAAGUUGCGCGCAAACUUGUUGCGCGUCCCGCCGCGUGCGCGCAUGGAUAGGAGCGCGUGUGGCCCCGAUCCGAUCGGCUGUGUCUGCACGCUUCCUCGGUCCCCGACCCAGUCCGGCAAUCCGACCCCCGCCAGGGUUCAUGCCCCCGUAGUAGGUAGGUCGUAGGCAGCACGAGGAGGAGACGAGCGUGCGCACCCAGGUUCCAGAGCCCCGCCGCGAGACAUGCGCUCCGGCUGAGGGACGCGAAGCCAACGUGCCGCGGAGACGCGCGCUGCACCCUGCGCCCUGCGCCAUGGCCGACAAGGGGCCCCUGCUCACCUCGGCCAUCAUCUUCUACCUGUCGAUCGGGGCGGCGAUAUUCCAGGUGCUGGAGGAGCCCAACUGGAAGGAGGCGGUGAAGGAGUACAGCUCCCAGAAGGAACAGAUUCUGAGGGAGCAUCCGUGCCUCACCAGGGAUGACCUGGACAGGAUCCUGGAGGUGGUGUCUGAUGCGGCGGGUCAAGGUGUCACCAUCACCGGUAACAAGACCUUCAACAACUGGAACUGGCCCAAUGCCGUCAUCUUUGCCGCCACAGUCAUCACCACCAUAGGCUAUGGGAACAUUGCUCCGAAGACCCCGUCCGGGCGGGUCUUCUGCAUCUUCUACGGCCUGUUUGGAGUUCCGCUCUGCCUGACGUGGAUCAGCGAGCUGGGCAAGUUCUUCGGUGGCCGAGCCAAACACCUGGGACAGUACUUGACCAAGAGAGGUGCAUCGACGAGGAAGGCCCAGUUUAUCUGCACUGCCAUUUUCAUCUUGUGGGGACUGCUGGUGCACCUGUUGAUCCCCCCAUUUGUGUUCAUGUCCCAAGAAGGAUGGUCGUACAUCGAGGGCCUUUACUUCUCCUUUGUCACAUUGACCACCAUUGGCUUCGGCGAUCUAGUCACAGGCGUUGAUCCGAAUGUGGACUACCCAACGUUGUAUCGUUACUUUGUGGAGGUUUGGAUUUACCUGGGCCUUGCCUGGCUCUCCCUGUUCUUCAACUGGAAGGUGCGCAUGGUGGUGGAAGCCCACAAAGCGCUGAAGAAGAGGAGGAAGCGGCGAAAACUCUCUUUGGACCAGCUCCGGCAGUACAAGGAGGCCCACAAGGCCCUGCGGCUCCCGCCCUCAGCCAAUGAGGUCAACAUCUUCAGCUUCUUAUCUGAGAAGAAGGAGGGUUACAAUGACCUCAUCAAGCAAAUUGGCGCCAAGAAGGAGGCUGUCAGCCGGCCAGACAAGCAACUGAACCGUUCUAAGAGCUGCAACGACGCCAAUUCUGGUAACACCAUCCUCAGCUUUGACAGGUCACCCCGGCAGAAGCGUCGCUUCAGCUUUAGUGACCACAUUACAGUGGCCUUCUCCAAGUCCAGGAACUGUCUGAUAGGUGUUGAGAAUGGAAAACUCCUCCCAAGUGUGUUAGGAGACCAGCACCCUGAGGUUCCGAAGCCCAUGUUUGAAAACCAGCUGGACAAGGCACCUCGAGAAGAGGUUGGUGGAGAAGAGUACCAGGCCCUGAUCUUUCAGAAUGCCAAUAUUACCUUCAUCGAUGAGGAGAACCUUCUGAACGCCGACGCUCUGACCAAGCUCUCCACCUCUGACGAGAACGUGGAGUCUGAGACGGAUUCUGAAGAUGAUCCGAGCUCUGAGUCAGAGGGCUCAGUGUUCACUAUUGACGAGUUGGACCACUGCCACUCCUAUGAGCAGCUAGUGGAGGAGUACUUCAAGGAGGAGAACACAGACUCCUGAGACUGGCUUCCUGACAGCCCUGAUGCCGGCAGUCCUAUCAUCUCUUCUCCACGGUUGUGGAGCUCAGACAAGCACAACUGAGCCACAAAUAAAGCAAUGGUUAUUUCUCCACUUAUGUUUUACUUUAAAUGUUGUAUAAAUUUGCACAUUUUGUGGUCCCAAGGCUAUCAUGAGAGCUGAACAAAGACAUUGAACAAUGUGGUUUGACUUUCUUCUCAGGCACUUGUUUUUGUACGUGGGUUCAUAUGUUCUAAAGGACCAUCCCACACAUGAGAUGAACAGAGAAAAAAAUACAGGUGAAAAAACAUGGUUUCCCAACGGACUGUUUGUUGGAAGAUGUGUUGAUACCAACCAGUCCACUGCAGUCUGAAUGACUCUACCAAUGAUUUCCACAAUGAACACCGAUAAUCUGGUUCAUUGACUGUAAAGACAACAGGAGAGCAUAUGAGCAAAUAUUCAUGGACCUUUCCAGACAUGAUUGGUAACGAGCGAGUUGUGUAUGUCUUGUGCUGAUUGUAUACUGUUCAAUUAUGAGUAACAACGGAGGAACGGUGUCAUGUCUUCCACAACUGGAGCCAAGAGUGCCUUUGACUCUAAGAUGGAAAAGCCUAGAAUUACUCUUCCUGCUAUUUGAUGGCUCAUCUUGCCUUACAGGUAUGGAUGGUUCCAAGAGAUGACUUUCACCAUAUUGGUGCUAUAUUUACUGUUAUUAAAAUGAAGGAAAUAUUCUCCCUUUUUAGUUGCUAUUGAGAAAGUUGCAUGGUUCUGUGUUUCUUUUUUUUUUUUGUAGAGAAGGGCACCCUGUAUUCUGGUAUGUCGUCACGGAAAGUUGUAAGGUUGUAAUCCAGGUCUUUUUAAACCAUCGACUCUGGUAUUUGUGUGGCAGUGGAGCUCUUCCCAUUCAUUCCGUUCAAUCAUUCAUCCCAUUUAUAGGCCAGUCGUAGCUGUUUCUGGGGCAUCGCUUUUACCUGAAGCUUUUCGGGUGCGUGCCAAGAUGAAGACAAUGGGGUCUUUCGACAGCUGUUAGUUUCAGCAAUACGUUUUGCUGAAGGGAGAUGGCUACGUCUUGGACCAGGUCUCAGCCGCUUUGCUCCCUUGCCGUGUUGUUGAAAAUGAUGACAUGAUGUUGAUGCACAAAGCUUGGUAUUUUCGAAUGAGGGCCAUCAUGUGAGAUGUGUGCAGAACCAGAGAUAGGGGUUAGUGGAAGCAUCCUGCCUGGUGUUCCCCAAGGUCUCUAUCGGGUCUUUUUCACACACUGUCUUGCGUCACGGAGCUGCAUACCUGGCAAUCCUACGCAGCCCUUCCUGCCUCUGCUUCCUGGCCUGAUUUAGACUCGGUAGGAUGUUUGUAUCCCUCUCCUAUCAACUGCUCCUUGCUCCUUUUCCUCCCUCCUCAAAGUGUCUUAAGGUGGUGUCUUUAACUGCCCGAGAAAGCUUUUGACCGUUUGUUGGGCUGUCCUGUUUUGGGAUGAGCCAGGAAUACGGCCAGCAAACAAUGGUGGGGGACGGCAACCUCGCCCCGGCAACUGCACCAGUUUCCUCUGCAACGCACAGAGCUCUUGUGUCUGUAAGGUGCUGGAAGUGUCUUACGAAGCAGUGGUCCCUCGUAGUCCAGUCCUCAGCACAAAUCCUCAUGGUUUGUCGACUCGGUGCGUUCGAAAACGUAUCGAUCUGUACUUCCGGUGUUGAGGGGGGUCACAGACUUCUCCAAGCAGCACUUGGGUGGGUCACAUAGUUUCCUUCUGAAACAUACAUAUGUCACUGAAAUGCAAACAGCUGCAAGAACGAAUUAAAAAGAGCAGUUGAGCAGGGAUGCAGUGUGUGAGUGAACGCCUGUGGCGCCGCCUAUCAUUUUCUGAACAAGUGGUGUAGAUGGGUGUCCAGAUUUAUAUUGUACCAUUUAUUACCAACUCUGUAAAUGACCUAAAACAAAAAACCUUUAGAACAUCAAGCAGCAUUGUCGCUACUCAGAAAUCAACGUUCGGUUUGUGUUUGGUGUGACCUCCCGAUCAAACGAAAACAAUUUCCUUUUGCCUCUUCCUCUCUUAUUGGCCUUUGCAUGUCAGCUUGGAAACGGAUGGCCGUGCUCUUGCUUGAGAUGCUUGAGCGAGGAGCUUGUCGUAGUGCAGCUCUGCAGGCGGCACAUCCUGUCCUCAGCUCCCCUAUCCCAUUCUGGUUGACACCGCAGGACUUCCUCCUCUUCACACAGCCUGCUGCAUGCACAGCCCAGCGGGAAACCCUAGUAGUGAGACAUUCACCACGCUUGGCCUUGGGUACCUUGACGUCAGCGGCACUGAGCGAUUUUGACGACACCAGCUGCCGUUCGCCGAACCCAAAUCAAGCUCUCGUUUGCCUUUAACUAAGCAGAGAAUUAUUUUGCUGUAAAAAUAAAAAAAAAAAAAAAAAAUUAAAUUCAGGUGUUUACACUCCUGUAUGAACGCUUCGCCAAUGUCGGUAUGGUUAAAAACGGCAUGCGGUCGGCAAAGUCCUGCUUAACAAGCAGCAUGUGGAGAAGCGAUUCCCGAUUACAUGUUUAAAAAGAAAAAAAAAAAAAAAAAGAGGUGAAAUGGAAAUCGCUAUAAAAUUCACAGGAUGGUGGCAGUGGGUUAGUAACAAUAUAUCCACGAUGGGUUAUUACAUACAUUAAUGUUACACAGAAUUAUGAAUCAAACAUGCAGUUAAAAUUCUAGAACUUUAUUAUAUUAAUAAUGAAGAAUAAUUUGUUUUUUAAGAAGUCCCAUAAGGGGGUUAGUAUGUGAAAUGUUAACCUUUUUCUAUAAUGUUUAUCAAUGACAUCACCCUCUGAAGAUCCAGGUAAACGGGUGCUUGCGUAAUUGGGGGCUGUGCCGUCAUCGGCCGUUUCCCAUCAGCCCUUGCAGCACAGACAUAUGACAAACUUGACCCCCCCCCUUCCUCC